UGUGGGGCUGAAAUCUAUAUAAGGCCGAUAGUUAGCCCUAGUUCGCUACCACUAGGCUACAUCACUACCACCGUUAUUGCUACAGUUGAUUCGGAGUUCUGCAAAGCUUUUGCUACCUCGUCGUCAUCAUCAUGAAUCUCCUCAUAGUUCUUAUGCUGGGAGCCUGUGCUGCAGUUGCUCUGGCAGAUGACAGCAAGGAAUUGGAAGCCUUAAUGCAAGCGAUUAACAGCAAUGAAAACGGAGCGACCCUGAAGAACCGCAUCCAAUGGGGCUUUCCGCACGUCCACGUACACCUGCCCCACAUCGCCUGGGGCCACGUCCACUUACACCUGCCUCACAAACGAGAUGAAAGCAACGUGAAAUCAGAUGACGCCAAGUCAUUGGAAGCUUUAAUGCAAGCGAUUGACAGCAAGGAAUACGGAGAGACCAUGGAUGCAUUCCCACCAGGCCUGAAGAACCGCAUCCAAUGGGGCUUGCCGCACAUCCACAUACACCCCUACCACAAGCGAGAUGAACACAAAUCAGAUGAGUUUCAGGCUGAGGAUGAUGCCACUUCCUUCAGGCCACGUCCCGCUGGCAAGGCGUAAAGGCCAACAACAUCCAUGAGUAAUGUUGCCACGAGGGAUGCUACUGGGAGGAAAUCGUGGAAUAUCGCUAGAGAACACGGCAAGAUACACGACCUGAACGGGCAUGGUGCCCGGCUUAGUUAACGUAGAAUUAGUAGCGAAGUCGUUCCUUUUAUCUUGAAAUGAUUUAUUCUUUCGUCUUGAAGUAAUUUUGCUGUUUUUCUCCUCAGGUUUAAAGGUGGUACUUUGGGGUGAUUAUUUUUAAGCCGUUUGUCCAGCGUGUGUGACAAAUUGUUUCUGAUACUCAAUAUUUGAUUCAAAUUAACUAUAUAUUCAAACAUUGCGAAACAUGAUGGUAGAUUUUGAAGGGAAAAACACCGGCAAAAAUAACAGACAAGUUCCUGAGUAUUAAACGCAUGACGUAAACGUAAUGGCAGAAUAAGAAGGAGGGACGUUGCUUGCUGGUUCGAGCACGUACCUCCAUUUUGUAAGUGCCUUUUACAAAUAAUAUUCCUCCAAUACUAUGAAACUGCUUUGAAGACUUUUGGGAAAAGCGUUCAAAACCACACUGCAAUUUCUCCACGAGGACAGACGGCUUUUAAUUUGUUCUUAUUGUUUAAUUUGUUCACGUAUAUAUUUCAAUAUAACAGAGUAGUAUUACUCUGUGAAAUCAACUUCAGUUUGAAGACUGUUCGAACCAUUUUAAGAAACUUUAGUAGCAAAAGCUAGUUCGACGACCCGCUGCAACUGCGGUUUUACAUAAAGUUAUUCAUAAGCAUUUUGUCCAAUACACGAAAGGAAGAAAAUGGCAGAGCCCUAGCUGCAAAUAUUACAAUUAAUUUUGGCUUAAGUAGACCUUCGUCAUAAAGUACCCAUAUCGGUUGGUAAUGUUUUGGCGUUAUAACAAACUUCGGUCCGAAUAGUUACCGGCAGGUAGACCUUUUGUAAUGAAUCUGUCGAUUAGUCACUUUUAGCAAGAUUCUUUUACAAAAUCAGCUGUGAUUCAGUCGCUUACUUAUACGAUCACGAACUUGUUUUACUUCAACAAAACUUUCAAUGUAAUCUAUUUUUGUUUUAAAGACCUAGAAUAGAUCGGGUUUUACUCUACAAAGUUGAUCUUUAAAAGUAAAAUCUUAAGACAAUGUGCAAUGAUUUCUAUUUACAGACAGAUACAUCAAUGUAGACUCGUACCUAACUACCGUAAUUCUUUCAUUGCUUCAGGUUAUCUCUAACUUUUAUUUCAACUUUUCAAAUUACUCAUUUACUGAACGACUUCAUUAAAUUAAGUAGCAAAGCAAUCUGUG